AUGGCCACCGUAUCCAAAGCCAGAUUCACCGAGGAACAGAAGGAAGCUGGUCAGUGUCAACUAUUCGUCGAGAGUCUGUUAGGAAGCGCGUUAACCUGGUUCUCUCGACUUCCCCCAGACUCGAUCGAAAGCUUUGCCCAGCUAUCAACGGCCUUCCUGCGGAACUACCGGGUCUUCAUAGAACGCGGCUCUUCUAGCGCCAAAUUAUGGGAGAUAGUUCAGGAGUCCGGAGAACCCCUGCGACUAUAUCUUACCAGGUUCAAAGAAAAAUAUGUCAGCGUCUCGGUCACUGAAGACGUUGCGAUUGCCGCCUUCAAGAAGGGGCUCAUUCUCGGGUCGCCUCUGGAAGUAGAUCUUAAUAUCCGCAAAGCCAAGGACCUAGACGAUGCGCUUCAUCGGGGGUCCCGUUUCGCAUACGUCGAAGAGGACGAAGAGAAAGACCCUAAGCGUGGAGUAGUAAGUGCGAUCUUGGAAGAUGGAGGGCAGGUUAAUACACCUCCGGACACACAAGAGGAGCCCUUUUGCAAUUUUCACAUGUUCGGAGGCCAUUCAAAGGCCGAAUGUAAACAUCUGUCCAACUAUCUUUACGAAAAAUAUUUAUCUGGCGAAAUAAAGGCUACCUACCAGCCAAAAGCCUUCCGCGGUGGUCGUGGAGGUAGAGGUCGCGGCGGAAGAUCAGGGCGACCCAACCCUGGACGAGGUCAGAAGGGCAACAACCAUCCGAAUAAUAUGUCGAGCGAGCAACAACAACCACUUCCCGUCGUACAACAGCAUAAUAUAGUGCCAACGGAAGAACUCCCAGGACCACCCAAACGUCAAAAAGGACAGCAAGCAGAGCAAACCCCAACUCGGGGCCGUAUUUCCAUGAUCAUCGGUCAAACCGACGAAUGUAAGGACUCCGUCCGGGCCCUAAAGAAAAGAGUGCGUCAGAUCUGUAGCGUUCGGGCGAUCUCCGAGGAGGAGUCGCUUAGUGCUGAUCCUAUCACAUUUACAACCGGGGACGCUAAAGGAAUUCACCAUCCCCAUAAUGAUCCCCUGGUUGUGGAAGUCACAAUGUACGAAUUCGACGUGGAACGAGUUUUAGUUGAUACCGACAGUACGGUCAACGUUCUAUUCUGGUAG